AGAAAGAAAAGACUUCUUCUCAUAUUUGAUAAUUUUUCAUCACCCAAAAUUCCUUCCCAUACUUAAUUAAUUCUGUUGAUCAUCAUUAAUCAUAGAAUACUAACCGCCCACCCACCAAUCAAAUCCACCACUACAAAUACACACACAAAUACACACAAUUCUCUCAUUAUAUACUCGCCCUUUUCCCUUCGUACACAAUUCCCCACACCUAAAACAUCAACAGCUCCCAAAAACUGAAAAAAAAAACAGAAAUAAAUUAAAAUUCCAAACCAUAAAUGGGCUUUGAUGAUAUGUGCAACACCGGCCUGGCUCUAAGGUUGGGAUUCUCGCCGCCGUCGUCGUCGGCCGGAGAACAAAAUUCCGAGAAGCCAGCAGCUCAUCCACCCGCUCAACUGAAGCUCGGAUUCCUCUGUAAAAUCGAGCCGUCGCUCACUCUCAGCUUAUCUGGCGAAACCUUCGAAUUCGAUCCGCCUAAGAAGAGCGCCGAUUUCGAUCAGAAUCGCGGGAAAAUCGCCGAUCGCCGCCGAGAUCCGUCCGGCGACGAUGACCUGUACAGGCAGGACAGCGCGGCGUCGUCGUUCUCGAACGUGAGCAGCGUGAAGAGAGAGAGGGAGCCGGGGAGCGAGGAGGUGGAGAGAGAGAGGGCGAUAUCGUCGAGGAUCAGCGACGAGGACGAUGAUGGAUCUAACGGUCGGAAAAAGCUCCGGCUGAGUAAGGCUCAGUCGGCGCUUUUGGAGGAAAGCUUCAAGCAUCACAGUACUCUCAAUCCUAAACAAAAGCAGGAUUUGGCAAGGGAGUUGAAGCUUAGGCCAAGGCAGGUGGAAGUUUGGUUUCAGAACAGAAGAGCCAGAACAAAGCUGAAGCAAACAGAGGUGGACUGCGAGUUUCUGAAGAAAUGCUGUGAGACGCUGACGGAUGAGAACCGGCGGCUGCAGAAAGAGCUUCACGAGCUGAAGGCUCUGAAAUUGGCUCAGCCUAUGUACAUGCAGCUUCCCGCCGCCACGCUAACUAUGUGCCCUUCAUGUGAAAGGAUUGGCGGUGGCAGUGGCGGCUCGGAAAACGCGGCUAAAACGGCUGCCUUUGUUAUGGCUCCCAAGCCGCACUUCUAUAAUCCCUUCACUAAUUCGUCGGCGGCUUGUUAAUUAAUAAUUACCUUUUUAGGAAAGUGAAAAAUAAGGUUAAGAAAAAAAAAGGAAAAAAAAGGAGAGAGAAAUCAAGUAAAUAUCNUAGAUAUUAGGGAAUUACUAAUUUUGUUGUUUUGUAUUUAUUUUGUAGUUGUACAUGUAAUUAUUUGAUUAUACUUAAGAAUCAUAUUUCAUAUUUCAUAUAUACUUAAAAAUUAUACUUAUUUCAAUAACAUUUCGUGUUCUAUGUUCUUG